AUGGCGAGCAGGACGAAGAAGCGACGCAAAUCGCAAUCACCGGCUCGCGAUACAGCCUCGAAAAGACCGCGCGUACGUUCGGCCAGUAGCUCGAAUCGCUCACAACACGUCGAACGCGAUGCGCACUCGUCCCGCGCCGGAUCCGCCAGAGAUGCAUAUUUGGUGCAGAAGCAAAGCCAGUCGACAAUCUUACCCAGCGGAGAAGAUUGGCUAUUCCGUGUGAAGGUGAUCUCGUCUGCAACGGACCUCGGCAACGAUCUGUCCAAGAACGCAGUACAAGGACUCGUUCGAAUAUGCUUCCCUGAAGGCUUCUUGGACCAGCUAGGGCCGCAGAUACUGGAGCGACAUAUGUGCGAGGAAAAGGCGCCGGAAGUGAACAUACGAAGGAUGUCAGAAAUCUUCUGUACCGAGAUGACCGAGCGUGUAGCAUGUAUGCUUGCUGAGUAUCUGGAUACACCCGCCAAGGUCGAAUCAACGAUGCAAGCUACGCUAGCAGCUAGUGUGAGGCUCCAUGGGGAUGAUCUUGGAGAAGAUAUUCUGGGACACACGAUUACGAGCCUGCUCCAAUUCAAAGCAAAAGCUUUGAAGGAUUCGAUGGGAUGCCUAGCGAACAAUGACGAUGUACAAGAAUCGGCCGGCAGCGAUGGAAAUAUGAGUACGGGCAACGUCUCUGAUGAAAAGCAUUCACCAUCAGAGAAAAAGAAGCGACACAAGGAUCUGUCUAAGAAAGCAAAGCGUGAGCAUACUGCGGUGAGAGACGAUUCUCCAGAAGUCGCGAAUAUAGAGAUCGAUUUGCCAGCCACUUCGAUUGAACACCGCGCCUCGAAACAUAAGGAUAAGAAGAUCUCUUCCAAGUGGCAAUGGAAUAUUGAUGCGACACAGCUCACGGAUGACGAUGUGGCUGAAGCUUUCCCACGCACGAGCGAUCUGUUCGCCUAUCAUGCAUUGCCCAUUGCUAGAAGAAAACUUGGAUCGCAAGCAUCGAGGAAAGAGAUCCGAUGUGAGAUGCAGUCGUUACUCGAUGGCAUGCCUCAAAAUGAGUUCGAGAAGUGGGUUGAGAGCUUACAAAAGCUCCUCAACGGCGAUCGCGAGAUGCUAGCACGACAAGAUGUUGCUGUUUCGAGCGUUGACCAACAACUCUCUCGUGCCACACUAGCGCCAGUCGACCUGCGUAGAAAGGCUGGAAAGAGUACGACAACACUCCUAAGUGAUUCAAUUAGAUCAAAAGGACGCGCGAACAAUGUUAGAGAUGAUUAUGAGGAAACUCUUAUCAAACGCGAGACUGCUAGAGGAUCAAGCAGAGUGGCAGAGGGCUCAUCGAACACCCGCAUUGCGGAAGCAACAGCUGCGCUUCGCCAGUUGUCUACGGAAGAACGCGAGUUCGGUCGGCCACAUCCCAGCACUGAAGCAGCGGACGGGCAGAACCCUCAAAAUCUGCAAAGUAGUGGAAACGUUGACAGUGCUUUCGGUAUGCCCAUACUCAAUCUGCUAUGGGGAUCGGACAGUCUGAACGCAACUGAAUGCGUGGACGAUUCUGUCAGGAUCACACAAACGAUUAUGAGAAAUCUCAAACAUCGCGUCUCCGCAGAACGCAUAGUCGUGAGUGGCUUAGGAGGCAUGAACAAGACUCGCACAAUAUCUGAGCUCCAGGAUGCUAUCGUCCAUGCAUUCCCGAGACCCGGUCAUCACUACAGCUUCAUGAGGAUCAAGAAGGACAUCGAAGCGGCUCUCGUUCCGUGGGUCAUUGCGGAACCGAGCGCUUUCCCUGAACUGAAGGCUAUGCCUUUCGUCUUCGCUCAUACUGUUCCGGCAGUCUCAGCAGUUCUUAGUCUGCUCUUCGGCUCUUGGUCCGCUGCGUCCGAGUUCAGUGGAUCUGAGAUGUGGGAGGAAAUCUUAUAUGCUCUCCAACGACGAGGCAUCUCUGAAGCAUCUGUGGGUGCCGCCAACAUCGACUGCUUGCAGAUUGACAGUCUUUGCGACAAGACUAGGCAUCCAGAGAUGACAAGACGUGCUUUACUUGAACGCGUCCUGCGUCGCUUGGCCUUCUCGCAUAGAGCCAAGUUCCCGGAGCUGAAGGAUAAUGUCAUUUGCGUGAGAUACAUCUCGCAUUUUCGCAACGCACAUCUAUCAUCGUCCACAAUGACGCCAUCACCAGCUUACAUCGACCCGGAGUACCAAUCCACACAUUACAACCUCUUCAGAGAUUCUAUAACCGUUCCGCUAAAGUCGGUACUGCCACCUGGCGUUAGCCGAGAUGCAUUUGAUGCAGCGAUCGGGAAAUAUAAGGGUAUUGUUGGCGAUGCGCAGGUAUACCAAGGUGAUGCGUUAACGGAGUACAUCGACCCAUAUGAGUUGCAUGAGGCGGAGGGAACACGUAGGAUGCCGAGUGCAGCCGUACGACCAAAGAACGUGGAAGAGUUGAGAGAAGUACUAAAGAUUUCAAACGAGUAUAGCAUACCGGUGUGGACAUUCUCAAGAGGCAAAAACCUUGGAUAUGGUGGACCAGCUCCUCGUGUAACUGGCUCCAUAGCCCUCGAUCUCCAUCGCAUGGACAAGAUCAUCGAGGUGAAUGGCGAAUACGCCUACGCUGUUGUCGAACCUGGUGUUACCUUCACCGAACUCUAUGAUUACUGUGUCAAGAACAAGCUCAAUGUUUGGCCUUCCGUACCAUCGCUCGGAUGGGGGUCUGUGAUUGGCAACACCAUUGAUCGUGGUACAGGCUUCACGCCCACAGCAACGCAUCAUCAGCACAUCUCUGGGGUUGAAGCCAUGUUGGCGAACGGUGAGCUCGUACGAACAGGCCAAUUCGCCGUUUCCAACUCGCCAUCCGCGCAUCUCUCAAAGUUCACAUUUGGACCCAGCAUCGAAGGUCUAUUUCUGCAGUCCAACCUCGGUAUCGUAACCAAACUCGGCAUAUGGCUUACACCCGCGCCGCAAGCUUUCAUGUCCUGCACCUUCGACAUGCCUGAUUUCGAAGACGUGGAGACGAUCGUCGAUACAUUCGGGCCACUACGACGUGACGGUCUGCUUCCGAACACAGUCUACGUAUCGAAUGUGACGGAAUGGCUAGGCAUGAUGGGCCCUCGGGAGGACUUCUGGCCACACAACACCUCAAUACCGGACUGGAGAGUCAAGGAGUUACAGAAGCAAUUCGACCUGGGCUAUUGGAACGCUAAGUUUGGUCUAUACGGCGCGAGAGAUGUUAUUCAAGCGCAUUUCGACGAGUUGAAGAAGAUCAUCGAGAGGAAAGCGCCAAAGGGCCGGUUGACUGGUAAGAUAUUUUCUGCACCGGACGGAGAGACACUAAAUCCUGCAUCUGUUCCUGAGAUGGAUGGUGGCUUCUUCGUUGGCAUACCGACUCUCUGGUCACUUCCUAUGGUAAAGUUCCGCCUGCCGAAGUCCGGAGGUGGUAUCGGUGCGCAUUACGACUACAGCCCAAUCAUCCCUUCCAACGGGAAAGAGAUUCUGGACUGGGUCAAGACAGCGAAGAAGAUCUGCGAAGCGGAUAACUUUGAUUUGUUCUGUGACUUCUUCAUGCAUGAGCGUCAUGUCAUCUUCGUCAACAUGUUCACGUUUGACAAAACAAACGCGACGCAUCGGAAAGCGGUGCAAAGCAUCUUCGAUAACUUGUUCGAGGAGGGGAAGAAGAGAGGAUACAGCAAAUAUCGCAGUCAUGUGAACACCAUGGAUCGUGUCGCUUCACUAUACGACUUCAACGACCACGCGUACCGGAGGUUUGUUGAGACGAUCAAAGAUGCUGUUGAUCCUAACGGUAUACUCUCGCCGGGGAAGCAAGGUAUCUGGCCAAAGCGGUUCCGAGGAAAUGAGGUUUCAAAGGCGCAUCUAUGA